AUGUCAGCUCAACCGCUUAUUUUGUCGUCGAGACGAACGAUUUUGAUUGCCAUUUUGGCCCGUUACGAAGAGUUUCUUCAAAACUACCAGCCCGAUAGGGAUUCUAUCGAGGUGGAAACUCGUAUGGCCAAAUUUGACCAAAUAUGCAAGGAUUGGGGGAGCCUUCAACAGCAGCUGGAGGACAGUGCAACCACUGCUGAAGAGAUGACACACAAUGCCGCCCUUAGGGAGGAUUUUGAACGGCGCUUGAUUCGCGUUCAAUCGGCAUUGAAAGCGAAAUAUAGAGAAAUUCCGCGCAGCGAAGUGUCGCAGCAAGGAGCCGGUAGGAACCCGCUACAAGGCAUAAAACUGCCCACCAUCGCUCUGCCGGAGUUUGACGGCGAUUAUAUGCAAUGGCUGACCUUUAGGGAUACCUUUGAGUGUUUGAUUCACGAUAAUGUUGAUUUGCCGCCAAUACAAAAAUUCCAUUAUCUACGCGCAGCCCUAAAAGGUGAAGCAGCGCAAGUGAUCGAGGCCAUUACAAUAAGCGCCUCCAGCUAUGAAUUAGCUUGGAAAACACUCGCUGAGCGAUAUUCGAAUGAAUAUCUGCUGAAAAAACGCCACUUGCAAGCGAUGUUCGGCAUCACACCAGCAAAGAGGGAAAGUGCGACAACCCUGCACCAGUUAGUGGACGAGUUCGAGCGUCACAAAAAAACCCUAAAUCACUUGGGAGAGAAAACUGACGGCUGGAGCAGCAUAUUAGAGCAUUUACUUUGCACAAAAUUGCCCUCUAACACAUUGCGCGAUUGGGAAGAAUUUGCUUCGACCAAUGACAAUCCGAGCUACGAUUCGUUGAUUGCCUUUUUGCACCGCCGUAUGCGCGUACUCGAGACGCUAUUAGUAAACAAACCCGAACCAUCACCUAUAGAAACACCGAUACCACCAAGACGCACCAUUUUUCCGCGCACUGCUAGUUUUGCUACCACUGACCGCGAUGUUAAUAAAUGCCCGUUGUGCAAUAUGCCGCACACACCGCCCAAACAGACCGACUUCACGGAAAAGCUUGGCCUGUCUAAAACUACCGCUUUGAGACGCUUCGAGCUGCUGGAGAGGAGGCUAGAACGCAACUAA